GGAGGAUAAGAGUGUCCAUAUCAUAAUCAUUCGUUGAUCAAACUACAAAAUCUAACUUCCACCAAAGAAAAGAAAAUGGAAUUAGUUGAAGAGAGGGGUGAAAAAAGAGUUGUGGUGGACAAAGCAUAUCUCUACGAAGAAGACAAACCACUUACUGUCUGCAAAACCUCUCUUUUCUACACUGGUGAUGGCUUCGCCGCCUACGACUGUCACGGCGAUAUCAUCUUUAGGGUCGAUUCAUACGGACCCGACACAAGAGAUAACGACGAGUUUGUCCUCAUGGAUGUCGCCGGAAAGUGUCUCCUCACCGUUAAACGAAAGAGACCAACUCUGCACCAAAGAUGGGAAGGUUUUCUCGGGGAGAGAUCAGACGGUCAGAAACCAAUAUUCAGUGUCCGAAGAUCGUCAAUAAUCGGACGGUGCACGAUGGAAGUAGAGGUUUACGACGGAACAGGAGAAGAGUACACCAUAGAUGGUGACUUCUCGCAACGUAGCUGUCUCAUAUACGACACGAAUAAGCGAACUGUGGCUGAGAUCAAACGCAAAGUGAACGCGUCAACGAACGUGAUGCUUGGACGAGAUGUGUUCACUCUCGAGAUUAAACCUGGUUUCGACGGAGCUUUCGUGAUGGGUUUGGUCCUUGUGCUUGACCAGAUCAACGGUGAUGAUCCAGUUGAGAUUGGUGAUGAACAGGUGCACCCUUUUGUUGAGGACUAGUUGCUGAUCUUUGGUUUUGGACAUUUGAGGUACUGUUUGAGGUUGUUUGUGUAUCAUUUAUGUGUAAAAACAUAAAGUUGCUACGUUACAUAAUAUAUAGUCCGUCUCUGGAAAUUUGUUGACUAUAUAUAUGUGAUGUUUAAAAAAAUAAAAGAGACGUGAUGUUUUACAAGUUUACUUUGUCUACUUUUAAAUUAUAUAUACACUA